AUGUUUCGUCAUGUGACUGUUUACCAUCAGAAUGACUCCAACUUCAGUAUUACUUGUGAUUUACAACAAACAUGUGGUGUUUUGUACCGUACAUUUGCGGCUUACAAGUCUCAUAUUUAUCGUCGACAUUCCGGUGAACUUUAUUCGAUGACGAAAAAUAACAACAAUAAUAACAUCAAUGAUAAUCUCAUCAACAAUCAAGAGCAUAAAAGUACUGGUUCAAGUAUUGAUUUAGAUAUGAUAAAUCCUAAUGUUGAUGAUAAUGAAAAUGACAAUUCAAAUUUUUUAUAUGAUGAACUUGAAUCAGCAUUCGAAAUAGAUGAAUAUCAAACAACAUCAUUACCGUUUGCAUCAUACUUCAAGUCAUUUGAUAAUGAUGAAAAUAAUUCUGGAUCUGUUCUUGAUAUCAAAAGAAGCUAUAUUUCAUUUAUUCUAAAUUUACGUGAACAAAUGCUACUACCAAAGAGUAUUACUAAUAUGAUCUCUAAUUAUAUUAUUAGUUUAAUUGAACAUAUUCAAAUCUUAUCCGAAAAGAAUGGUUGUUUUUCAUAUACAGAUUGUAGUCAAACUUCAGCAACAUCUUUUCAAACACGAACAAAAGUUAUUGAAUGUGAACAGUUGAAGAAUAUAUUGAUUAGUAUAUGUGAAUCAAUCGACUCUAUUAGUAAAAAUGAAUAUCAACUAAUUAAAACUUGUCAAGAACAUUUUGGUUAUACACCUCCAGAAGAAAUUAUUAUAUCAUCUGUAGAUGAAGAUGUAGAACGUGCUUAUUUCAUUCCGUUUGAAAGAUCUUUAUCGUUGAUGUUGCAUUCUAAACCAUUUCUUGUUGAAAUUCUUCGUGAAGUUCAACAACAACGUGUGGCCGCAGAAAUUGAUCAAGAUUUGAUGUACUCAAUUCGCGAUGCAUAUUAUGGCAACAAAUUAGAUGAAGAAACUUUAUUAAUUCAAUUAUAUUUAGAUGAUAUUAGUCUUACUAAUCCUAUCGGACCAAAACGUGAUAAUCACAAAAUGAUAUAUCGUAGAAAUAGUAUGAAACCAGAAAAAUUUUUAGCAUGUGUUAUUUUCAUUUUUGAGGACAAAAUGAAAGCUAAACAAUUUUUGCAACCUAUAAUUGAUAAUUUAAAUCAAUUACAAUUUCAUGGACUUGUUAUCAAGGGUGAUCAUCUGAAAUUCUCGGUUUCAACUCUCAUUGCAGACAAUCUUGCUGCUCACUUGGUUGGGGGAUUCCAAACCUGUUUCAGCAACGGAUACUUCUGCCGUCGUUGCUACAUUAAAUAUGAUGAUAGAAAUUUAACAAUUCCAUUGUCUGAGAUCAAUAGUCGAAUGAUAAACGAUCAUGAUGAUUUAGUACAUGAGCUUCUUCAAAGUCCUGGUAAAGCUCCACUUAAAGGUGUUAUUGGUCCUAGUCUAUUUGAUACUCUUAUUGGUUUUCACCCAACAACUUCUUUACCUUCUGACUGCAUGCAUGAUUUCUUAGAGGGCGUGUGCCCGUUAGUUAUAAUGUGUUUAUUGAAACAAGCUUCGUCAAUGCGUUUGAUCACAUAUGAUCUUUUUUCAAAACUAAAUGAAAAUUAA